AACUGGAUCCUGCCGCGGAUCUGGUGGCCCUGCGGCGGGGGCUGUGAUCGGGUUGCGCCUGUGCCGUGGGCUUCCACUGGUGCCUUUUCUGCUUUGGGAAGGAGCUGCGCGGCUGGGAGCGCUCGCUGUGAGUCCAAGGGGCCUUUUGGUGGCAGCAGGAAGGUGAGAGGCCAAGAGGUACGGGCAUAGGGCCCUGGACUUGGGCCCUAGCAGCCGUGGGAGAAGAUAAGGUUGGGGAGCCUGUGUCCAGUCCUGCCGGGCACCCUGCUCCAGCCCCCGUGUCAGCCAGGAAACACCGCAGUCCAAGCUGGGGUAAUGAACCGCCACUAAGCCGGCACGUUCCUGAUCCGUCCUCCCCACCCGCCCUCUGCUGCCCACUGGCCACGUAAGAGCUGCCUGGGUGGCCGAGCCACUGGUCAGACAGUGCUGCAGCAGGUAGUGGGGUCCAUGACGACAGCAGGCCCUGGGGGCCGAAGGCCAGUGGAGCAGAGCUGGGCCUCUGGGAGGCCCCAGGACCCGUGAGCACUCAGAGAGAGCUUCCCCAGCCUGCGAGGCCUGGCCAGCCUGGAAGAUGCCCACCAACGGCCUGCACCAGGUGCUCAAGAUCCAGUUUGGCCUGGUCAAUGAUACUGACCGCUACCUGACAGCGGAGAGCUUUGGCUUCAAGGUCAAUGCCUCGGCACCCAGCCUCAAGAGGAAGCAGAUGUGGGUGCUGGAGCCCGACCCAGGGCAGGGCACGGCCGUGCUGUUCCGCAGCAGCCACCUGGGCCGCUACCUGUCAGCAGAAGAGGACGGGCGCGUGGGCUGUGGAGCAGAGCGGCCGGGCCCUGACUGCCGCUUCCUGGUGUUGCCCCAGCCGGAUGGGCGCUGGGUGCUCCAGUCAGAGCCACACGGCCGCUUCUUCGGAGGCACUGAGGACCAGCUAUCCUGCUUUGCCACGACCAUCUCCACGGCUGAGCUGUGGACUGUGCACCUGGCCAUCCACCCACAGGCCCACCUGCUGAGCGUGAGCCGUAGGCGCUAUGUGCACCUGUGCCGGCAGGAGGACGAGAUGGCAGCGGACGGAGACAUGCCCUGGGGGGUGGAGGCGCUGCUCACCCUCAUCUUCCAGAGCCGGCGGUACUGCCUCAAGUCCAGCGACAGCCGCUACCUGCGCAGCGACGGCCGCCUGGUCAGGGAGCCCGAGGCCCAUGCCUGCUACACACUGGAGUUCAAGGCGGGCAAGCUGGCCUUCAAGGACUGUGAUGGCCGCUACCUGGCACCCACGGGGCCUGCUGGCACGCUGAAGGCUGGACGCAACACGCGGCCCAGCAAGGAUGAGCUCUUUGACCUGGAGGAGAGUCACCCGCAGGUGGUGCUGGUGGCCGCCAACCACCGCUACGUCUCUGUGCGGCAAGGGGUCAACGUCUCAGCCAAUCAGGAUGAAGAGCUAGACCACGAGACCUUCUUGAUGCAAAUUGAUCAGGACACAAAGAAGUGUACCUUCUAUUCCAGCACUGGAGGUUACUGGACCUUGGUCACCCAUGGGGGCAUUCAGGCCACAGCCACACAAGUUUCUGCCAGCACCAUGUUUGAGGUGGAGUGGCGUGGCCGGCGGGUGGCACUCAAAGCCAGCAAUGGGCGCUAUGUGUGCAUGAAGAAGAACGGGCAGUUGGCAGCCGUCAGUGACUUUGUGGGCGAGGACGAGGAGUUCAUCCUCAAGCUCAUCAACCGGCCCAUCCUGGUGCUGCGCGGCCUGGACGGCUUCGUCUGCCACCGCCGAGGCUCCAACCAGUUGGACACCAACCGCUCUGUCUACGACGUCUUCCACCUGAGCUUCAGCGACGGCGCCUAUCAGAUCCGAGGCCGCGGCGGCGGGUUCUGGUACACCGGCAGCCACGGCAGCGUGUGCAGCGACGGCGAGAGCGCCGAGGACUUUCUCUUCGAGUUUCGCGAGCGCGGCCGCCUGGCCAUUCGUGCGCGCAGCGGCAAGUACCUGCGCGGCGGCGCCUCGGGGCUGCUCCGCGCAGACGCCGACGCGCCCUCCGCGGUCGCGCUCUGGGAGUACUGAGGACCAGCGGGCGCGUGUUCUAAGCCGCCUGUCUGACAACUGCUGUGAGCUCCGGGUGCCCCCCGGGGGGUCAGAAGGGUUUCGGGGGCAGGGUCGCUGGCCCACGUUGCUGAGCACUGGCACUUUUGUCCCUGGCCCGCUGCAGUCCCUCCCUGCAUCCUCUGUCCAGGGACAACUUCCUGCAGUGGGCCACUCACCCUUCUCUCCCCCAUCCAUCUCAGGGAAAGGGCCAUGGCUGGGAAUCCAGAGGAGAGAGCCCCAUGACCUGGACAGCUACCACCCUGGGCCUCCUCUGGUUUCCGCACCUGCCCCAGGUGUCACCAUGUCUAGGCACACAGAUCCUCCUUCAGGAGACACACCCCAAACCCCUGCAGCUGACCUAGGCAGUCCCUGCCCUUCUCUGGGGCCUGGAGUGUCCUCCAAUGAGUCCAUUGCCCAAGGACAGGUGAUGCCCAAUGAGGGGUAGGAGUCUGGGCUGAGGAGAGCGUCCCCUGGGAGCGGGGGCACAGGCCAAAGAGGAAGGAACCAAGCAGAGUCCUAGGGGAGGAGUCGAGGACUGGGAUCUGCCCAGUUCCAGGAACAAGGGUCUGCCCCUGUUCAGGUCCAGAGGGACUAUCCCUGGGGCGAGUGUUGGGCAGAUCAGUUAACCCUUGCAGGGCCAGACAUGGGGAAGCUGAGUGGCCAGGAGGGCAGGUAGACUCAACGUGCCCCAUGGUCUGUGGUGUCCCCCACUGUCAGCCAGCCUGGAACCAUGUGGCUUUGGUCCCAGUGUCCUUUCCACAUAACUAAACAGCACUGAUGCCUCAGGUAACUCCUCCUGAAGAACACCCCUGCAGGGCAGCCUGGCUGGGAGGUGGCCUCAGCCUGCACAGCGGUGCGGGGCAUUGCCCUGGCUCUACAAGGAUGGCACACCAAGCCCCCUUGGCCUGGCGUCUCAUUCUGGGUCUGUGUGUUAUGCCCAGCUGAGGCGGCCAAGGCUGGACGGCAUCACUGCUCUAAGGCAGUGGUCUCUUGGGACCUGGGGGUCUGGGGAAGUGAGCCUGGCAGGCAGUCCAGACCUGUCAGCUCUGGGAUCCCCACAGCCUGCAAUGGCAAGGGAGGCCUGGGAGAUGUCAAGUCGGACAGGCAGAAGUCUGGACAGCCUAGGACACGUCACCCUUCUCCAAGGCAGGUGAACACAGGCCCUGCACAUCCUGGGGGCUGGACUGGCCUCUUCAUCCUUGCAAGACAUGGACAAGAGCACUGGACAAGGGUUGGAGCCAGAGGCUUCUGCCUGUCCUGUUGGGACAGCUGCAGAUAAGCCUGGGCAGGCCAGGCCAGAGCCCCCGAGAAGGCCAGCCCUCAUCAGCCCUGGAGCAGGUGGCUCUCCCUGCAAACCCCAGCUUGUUACCAGAGCCAGAUCUGGUGGAGACUCCGGGCUCUCAUAGAGGCAGGCCCCUCCAACCUCAGCCUCCCUCCUGUGGACCCCUCUUGGCCCGCCCAGAGGCACCACAGAGCAGACCCUCAGUCGAGCAGCCUGGUUGAGGGCUCCUGGGUGCUGCAGAGGAUGCCCUUUCUUGGAGAGUCCCCCAGUUCAGGGGCCUCCUACCAGCCCCAGGGCCAUGGAGAAAGCAGCUCUGGCAGGAGUCCAGCAGAGCUGGGGGUGCGUGCUUGUUGGAGGGUGGGGAGGGGGUAAAAAAAACAGCCAACACGAGCUGAGCUCAACACGAAGGGUCACUUGUCAGCAAAGCACCUCACAGCACCUGCUGUGCACACUGCCGACAGUGCUCCCAGCAGGAGUGGCUCGCUCCACAGACGUCUAGACACACAGCAACCCCACCCCAUAGCAAAAACAGCACCAGCGACUGGGCACUGCCCAGCUGAAGGAAGAGGUGGGGAUGGGGAUGGGGAUGCUGGGUUGCAGCCCCUGGCCCCAAGUGACCCUAAAAGCAGCACACAGUGCAGCUGAGGCACGGUACCUCACUGUUGAGCUUCCUGGCCACGGGCCACCCUGAUAGCCCUUCAUCAGUAUGGCAAGGAGCCACUGGCACCUGCAGGAGCCCCACAUCUCUGUGCUUUGGUUGCAGGAGUACCCUCCCACCUGGUGGCACCAGAGGGGCAGCUGGUGCUCCCGGGGUGUGGGGGGGAAUAGCAGCAACAAGUCAUGAACCCACCCCAAGUCCCAAGCCCAGAAGCCCUGUGUCCCUCAUGGACUGCCGCUUGGGGGUCCAGAACUUCAGUAGAUAGGAUGCUGCCAGGGGAGCCUCAGUGCUUGGGGUGGAAAGCGCCCAGCAGUGUGGCAGAGUGCGGCCAGAGCUGUUGGGAGAAAGGGAAAGAGUGAGCUGGUGGAGGUCAGAGGUUCGGGCUCCCCUGGACUGCCUCCCACCGACUUCCUCCACUUUCUGGUGCCUUUGGCCAGGUCAUAUGCAGGGCUGGGACAGUCACCCGUGGUAUUCUUUCUCUGAGCAACCAUCAAGGGUCUUUCGGCUGCUGGAGAGGGCUGAAGGCAGUGGGGUGGAGGCCUGGGCCCACCUGGUCACAGCAGGACGAGGCUGGGGCUGCGCAGCUGCUUGUACACCUGCAGGAGCCUCUGCGCUGUGGCGCAGGAGCUGGCUUCAUCCUCCGUGCACAGACGGUCACGCAGGGCCUGCACCUCCCGCAGCAGUGCCUAGGAGCAAGCAACAUGGCUCAGGCCCUCUGCCUCUCCCUGGGACCCCUCCCUGGGAGGUGGUGGGUGGUCCAAGAACACAGCACAGCCAGGCAGGCGUGGCUAGGGGAACAGGUGGAGCCAGGCAGGCAGGAGAGAGGCGUGACCCCACCGCGCUGCCCUGCCCAGGGCCAAGCCCACACUUGAGGAUGAGGCCAGCCCCACCAGGCUGGGCAGCUGCUGAGCAUCUGUCUGCACAGGGGCCCUGCCAGGGUCACUCUUUGAUGCCCAGGUUGGUGGGACAGCCCUGCACAGGUGCUCACCUCAUGGUUAGCAUGGAUCUGGCGAAGAUACUGCAUGCGGAGGUCGGGUGGGCUGGAGCUCUGGGCAGCCUGCUCCCUGACCAUUGCCUGGGGGAGACAGUGGGAGUGGGGAUGUGGCAGGUGGUGCCCACUGUCUGUCCUGAGGAAGAUGUCGGCACUAGCAGGCCCUCGUGACCAUCAGGGAAGGGUGAGCCCUCCUCUGGCUGCCCCCAGGCCCUCCAGCACAGUCUCCUGCUCUGCUGACUCUGACCACCUGUGUGGGCUCUUCCCCGACUCUUCGUUUCCCACCUGCCGGGACUCUCCUCUCAGAGCAGCGGCACAUGGGCCCCACCUGGUGAUCAGUUACUGACAAUAAAUUUCUACUUGGUCCUUUCUCUCCACUCA